AUGCGUUUACAAUUACUAGCUGGCGACCAAUUAAAAUGCACACCUAAGGGUCCCAAACUGAUUUCAUUUAAUCUGUCACAAUCAUUGAGGAUAAAGUUCCCAAGUAAAUUAAAAAAUAUGAAAGACAGAGAGGAACAACUUCAAGAAGAACUUCGUCAGUCAAAAGAGCAACUUCGCCAAGCUCAAGAGGAAAUUAUUAGAUUAAAAGGGCAAGCGUUGGUUGACAUAGAUAAGCUUUUGGAUAAGUUUGAGGAAUACGAUGUUAAAAGAAGAGAGUAUGAAUCAGCAGUAGAAAGGCAAACUUCACAACGGGAAAAUCGAGCAUCAUCGCAAUUUGGUUGGGGUCAAGCGAUAAAUUUCGUGCCUGUCUUUUCUCAUGCUUAUAAUUAUGGCACAAGUAAAGCUAAUGAAUUAGUAGAAUAUGAACAAAAAGAGUAUCGCGAAACCCUAAAUAAAGCAACCAACGAAAAAUAUCAGGAAGUUCAGAAAUUAUAUAAUCAUAUCAAAGACUGCUAUAAGGAGGAAAAAAAUAAUGAUUAA